AGUUUUGCUGGGACCCGCGGUCGAUGCCGGUUGAGGAGGGGGAUGGGCGCCUCUGCGAAUGUAAAGGACCUGAGACAGAAUCAGAGCCCUGUAUCACAUACAGCAGCAUAUACCCCCAUUAUAAAUAGCAACUGUAAAUAUACAAUACAUUGAAAUAAAUGGUUUUACUCAUCGGGGAUUUAUUAUAGACACCCAAUGGAUGCAGUGCACCUGAACGGGACAGGGAAUUUAACUGUCCGCCUGUGCGUGGGAGACACGGAGAAGUUUGUUUCCUACCCCUGGAGAGGGAGCUACUUUUAAGGGCAAAGGAUACAGGAGACUCCGGGGCCGAUAUACAGGCCUACUGGUCUGGUUGGAUUUGAUGUUGGGAUACUCAAGGACUUGCUACUGUACAUUCAUUUGCCUUGUUUGUCCAACUUUGGAAUGCCUCUUUAGGUCCCCCAUGACCCUGAGCCGUGGGCUUCGGCUCGGCGGCACCCCACCUCAGGAGUGGUCUGUUGUUUUAGUCGGGACCCUGUGAUCCCUUCUCUCACCUCUUCUUGUUUACCCUCCUUCCCAUCCUGCCCCUCCUUCCCCUCCCCUUCCUCCCUCCUCUUCCCCCUCCCUCCCACGCGCCGCUGUGCUGGACGUCAUGAGCAUAGUAAUCGCGCUGGGAGUCACCACACCUGAAACGUCUUACUCAGAUAUGGCUGCUGGAUCAGACCCUGAGUCAGUUGAAGCAAGCCCUGCAGUGAAUGAGAAAAACUACAACCACAGCUGUGGGAGUGCUCAGAGUCAUGGGUAUCGGGGACUACCAUAUGCUAUGCAACAGUCUUCCGUUGUGUGUUGUCAGGAUCACAACUAUGGCGCACCCCCUCCCCCCACCCCACCCGCCUCCCCGCUCUCCCAAACCAUCAUUCCCCGCAUGGAUCUCAACGGUGUGGUACGCAACUCCCGCUAUCACGAAACCACUGAGGACAACUCAGCUGACAGUGAUAGCUCCUCAGAGGAGGAUGGUGCCAUGCCCGGCUGGUGUCAUUGCAGCCUGACUCCAGAUGGCCUGCUCAUCAAAUGUGACAACUGCAGAGGAUUGGACAGGAGGAGAGGAUCCGAAGGCCAACACAGAAAAACGGAAAAUGUCUCUGCUGGAGAAAGCAGUGCAACGGAAAGUGGUGAUGAAGAGGUAUCGCCCUCCACCAUCUCCUAUACUGCUACCCAGCACACACCCACCAGCAUUAAACUCACUGUCAACCGAGUCAAAAGGAACAAAUCCAAAAAGAGAAAGAAGAGCAUGGAGAAGGCCCGUGGAACGACAAAGGCCAAGAAAGUUAAGGCUUUCAGAGAGGGCUGCAGGAAGUCCAUGAGAAUGAAGAACUCAACCACAGAGGCCAGUGUGCUGGAUGAGAACACAGCAGAGGGAUGGGAGAGCAAGAUCCGCCAGUGGACAGACCAGUACGAGGAGGCUCUGGCCAACCAGUACAGUGCAGAUGUCCAGACACUGCUCCAGCUUCACCGAGCUGCCACCACAACAGUCUCGAAGGCAGAGAGUGGCACCACGGCGCCUCCUUCCACCACACAGAUUCACACCUCAGUUGACCCAAUGGAUACCAUCAACCGCACUGAAUUGGCCUGUAACAACACAGUGCUGGGUUCACAGAUGCAGCUCCAGCUGGGCCGGGUAACGCGGGUGCAGAAACACAGGAAGAUCCUCCGAGCAGCCAAAAACCUGGAGCCAGACACACUUGUCAUUGAAUAUAGGGGAAAGGUCAUGCUAAAGCAACAAUUUGAAGUCAAUGGGCACUUCUUCAAAAAACCCUACCCUUUUGUACUGUUUUACUCAAAAUUUAAUGACGUAGAGAUGUGUGUUGAUGCAAGGACAUUUGGAAAUGAUGCCCGCUUCAUCAGGAGGUCUUGUACACCCAAUGCUGAGGUCAGGCAUAUGAUUGCUGAAGGCAUGAUCCAUCUGUGUAUAUAUGCUGUCAGUCAAAUCACAAAGGACGCUGAGGUCACCAUUGGAUUUGACUACGAGUUCAAUAGCUGUAACUACAAAGUAGACUGUGCCUGCCACAAGGGCAACCAGAACUGCCCAGUGCAGAAGCACAACCUGAGCCCCAGGGAGAAUUUGCUUAGCCCCCCUUGCCUUCCACCACCCUCCCCUCUGGUUGGUGCCGAGACCCGACGGAGAAAAGCCCGGAGGAGAGAGCUGGAAGAGUCUCAGGCCAGUGACAGCAACCAGACCGUGGACCAGCAGCACGGGGCCAAAGAUGUGCAUGUGACCAGUGACAUGGAGGAGAGACUGCUGGAUGAGGUCAAGGUGGAAGACAGAGAGGAAGGAGAGGUGGAUGAAAAUGGAAUCGUCAUCUCCAAUAAAAGAAUGUGUAAUAGCCUGGAAAGGAGGAGAAGGAGAGGAACAGAGGCAAGGGAGGAUGGUAUAGAAACUGAGGAUAGAGCAGGAAACCCUGCAGGGAACGUACCCCACAACACUGGAGUGGGAGUCAGCACAAGACGCACCACAUAUGUCGUGGAAGCCCCAUGUAUUGAAGAAAAGAUCUCAUUACCUAACCUGCCUGCCCCAGUUUCUACCUCUAAACCUGCAAGACCCACGAAGCCUCGUCCCAAAAGUCGGAUAUCUCGUUACAGAUCAAGCUCAUCCCAGCGUGCCCGGCGGCAGCGUCAGGCCCUCGCACAGCAGGCAGCAGCAGCUGCUGCAGCCACAGCAAUGGCCACAGCACCGGUAUCAGCUGAUCAGGGUGCUGUUCUGGAUGAAGAGGGAUCUCAGGGCCCAUACGGUGCUGAACACAACCACGGGGAGAGUGGACUAGGAGGUCAUCUCCUCGAUGGAGAGGGCCACGGGCUAAACUACAUGAACAGAGGCAACUUGCGGUAUCCCAAAACCAAGAAGUACCUAGUGACUGAGUGGUUGAAUGACAAGAUGCCUGGAGGAGACAAGGUUCACCAAGAGGUACCUGUGGACCGCCCACUGCGGAUAACCACUGAUCCCACAGUGCUAGCCACCACCCUCAACAUGCUUCCAGGCCUCUCCCACUCAUCGCUCAUUUGCACCACACCCAGACACUACGUCCGCUUUGGCUCACCCUUCAAUCCUGAGAGACGCCGGCCCCGUCCUCUACAAAUGGACGGCACUUAUGGCUGCUAUAAAAAGAGAUGGAUAAAGCAGGUGGAGGAUGAGAGUUGCUCAGCCAGUGUGGAGGAUGGCACAGAGUCCACCUCCUCCCAGCAAAGCACCAGUAGCAGAUCCACCCCCAACCCAAUGUCCAUUGAAGUUAAUACACCAUUUAAGAAGCGCCGCUCCAAGUACAUUACUGAGAGAACACCAGCAACUUCUGACCACUUGCUCCGCCCACUUUCACCGAUCACACCGCCGCUCCCGGAGGACUCCCCUCAUUCACUGCUCAACACUCCCUGUGGCUCACUUCUGCCCAAUGGCUUGAUCUACUCACCCAUGGCCUCAUUGCCCGCCAGCCGCUGCAACACACCACUGCAGUUUGAAAACAUAUCAUCCCCCGAGGCAUCUCCUGUACACCGACCGGAGUCCAUCUCUCCGGAGCCAUGUCUUCAAACAGACUUUGACAUUCGGCCUCACUUCACGGACCUGUCCCUCCCCUCCAGCUUGGAGAGCCCCGUGGCUGUGACCUCAGAUGACUUUUCCCUUGCUGGAGGUGCUUCAGGCCAAGAUUCGCAGGGCCUAUCAACUGUAGGGGCAAGUUCCCUAAACCCUGUGGCGGGUCCUUCCUCAGACCUUAAUGCUCAAAACAGGGAGCAAGCUUUCAGGACAGAGUUUAACCUCAUAUACACCUGCUCACCCCUCAAUGCAAACAUGGGGAUCCCUGUGAACACUGACCGACGCCUCUCCCAAUCAGAAGGAGGUUUCUCCCCCGCAGAAUCGUUCCACAGCUCCAUCAGCGCUCAGGGGCUGGUUGGAGAUGUGGGCCCUGACUCCAUGUCACCGUAUGGUGAGCCUCAUUAUGGGGGAGGCUACCCAGAUAGCAGCACACCUCCUCACACCAGCAACCCACCGCAAAAAAAGAAGAGGGCCAACCAGCAUACCAUUAGUCUGCUGACAGGAAAGCCAGAUUACCAGGCUAUAGCUGUAAGAAGUGAAUACAAGCCAGUACAAAAUAUGAAUGGAACGAGAACAGAUGUCAUUUUCAUCUCUAAGGUGUCUUUGUUGGAGUACCGUAAGAGGAAGAGGGGCAGUGUUCGGGAUUCAGAGCCAGCAGGUAGCAGCUCCUGUCUGGGUGGCACCCCCACCCGGCCCGGUUCCCACUACAGCAAGGACUCCCAUCAGCCCCAUUCACAGCAAAUGCAGCCCACAGCUUCCCCACAGAGCUCCUUCUCCUCUUCCUCUUCAACUCACAAGGCCUACACCCCCCAGUUAGAGGAGGUCAGUCCUCCAGAUCACCAGGGUCCAUCAGGGAAGUCCAGACACCAGGACAACAACAACCAGUGGAUGGUUCCCACUACUGUUGAACGUCUAAGGGAAGGCAAAGGGGUUCUUGAGAGAGUGUUGAGAAGCAUCAAGAUGGAGCAGGUUUACAAGAGGAGUGAUGGCACCACAGAGAAAGAAGCUGAUGCUGAUUCGCAUGAGAUACAGAGUGUGUCCAUGGCCUCUCCCAUGAAGAGUCCACAUAGAUACAGUCCCUCUGUGUACCCACACCAGUCAACAGAAAGCCACCCACAGACUGACAGUCCAUCGUUCCUCCAGCAAACUUCCAACUCUCCGUUCCGGGGUUCCUACAGUCCCUCAUUAAGCCAGAGCUUCUACCCACGCCUCCCCUGCGCCCACCCAGGACAGUCCCAGGACCAACCUCCAUCCUCCUACACCAGUCCCACCCCCACCCCCACCUCCUCAUCGGACUCUAGGCCACCAACGGGUUCUCUACACCAGCAGAGUGGCAGCAGUAACGUGGACGGAGGUCACGGCUACAGCAGCAGCCACUUAAAAGCGAGCCUUCUGAACAGCAGCGCUCUGAUAGGGGCUCCUAGUGCAGGAUCCAGGGCCCAUGGGCAGACUAAAAUGGACUUGGAUGCCCAGGCCUCAAGAGGGAGUCAGCAACAGGUGUCUCAUGGUCUAAUGCUAGGCAGCCCGGGGCAGGCAGCACUGCCGUCCAGCUCCAGGAUGCUGUCAGCAUCUGGGCAGACACAUUAUUCACAGCGAGGGACAAGCCUCAGUCAGUUCCAGCACUCCCCACUCCAGGGAUCCGGAGUAAGGACACAGUCAGGAGGCUUUUAGGACUUUGUGUGUGUGUGUGUGUGCGUGCGUGCGUGCGUGCGUGCGUGCGUGCGUGCGUGCGUGCGUGCGUGCGUGCGUGCGUGCGUGCGUGCGUGCGUGAAUGUUUAUGAAGCUGCAUACCUCCUCAACCCCUAAAGCUGCAGUAAGAAUGGAGAUCUGGUAGUUUGGGGAGGGCAAAUGUACAGACUUAAGAGGAGCAAGGACUUCUUUAUGGGUUUCUCCUUUUUCUUAUUUUCUGUCUAUUCUUUCCAUAUUAAAGAAAAAACAAGUACCACAUUCUGCACAAAGAUUAAUCAUUGACUUUUGACAUCACAACUGAGUGGAGAAAAAAAGCGUUUUGGUUGAAGAGAGAGAAGAAAAAAAAAACAAGAAAUCACGUGUAACUUGAAAUUAUCCCCGUGUUUCCACUUGUUCCAGAUUGUGCAAACAGGCUCUAUAACCGUCUACUACACAAACGUCUGUACAAAGUUCUGAGAAAGAAAAAAAAGCCGUACCAUGUCAUUGCGUUACCCAGGCUGGAGAAAUGACUGAUGCCAGAUGCAUUAUGUACAAGACUUGUUUUAUUUUUUACUUUUUAUUUUUAAUUUUAAAAUUUAGAAUUUUUUGUUUUGGUCAACGUUAUUUUUUUGAUUUGGCAAGUUGCUGAGUCUGUGCUGCAGUAAAUGUGUUUAUGAUUUGGGGAAAAAUGCCAAGUGGGGGGGGGGAUUACGAUGCAAGCAAAGGCGACAUGUUAAUCAUCCGCUCUAAAGAUGCAUUAGACACGCGGGGAGAUGGAGCUCUCCCAGGAAUCAGGAUCAUUCCACUUGAUUACCAGCUUCCAUGUUCUCGCACUAAACAUGAAUCCAGCUUUUUUAUUUUUUUCUCACAGUUUCCUGUCUGCUUUUUAUUUUUUAUCUUUUUUUUUCAUUGUUUUUCAGGACAUACUCCACUGUAGAAUUCUGAUAUUGUUCUUGACACAUACAGGUCUUAUGAUUCAUGGUGCUGCAUUCUUGUUUUUUUUUUUUUUUCCCCAAAUAAAUUUGAAAUCCAGUUAUGUUCCCCACACUUGGUUGCAUUCAUCUUAUCGAUAUAUCACUUGAAAUCAGUUUUAUUUUUUAGUCUAUAUUCAUACCAUUCGCAUGUAACUGUGAUGAAAAGGAAAGGAAUGAAAGGAACAACAAAAAGGAGAUUCGCAAUACAACUUAGUGCACAACCUGAACUAAGUGUCAGAUUUGACUGUUUAUUAACCUACAUGUGUUAUUUAUUUUAUUUUUAACCUGACCAAUCGUGGCAUUCCGUGACACAGAGGGAAAAAUGGGGGGCAGAUCUCUUGACGUUUUCAGAUAGUUUUUUAAAACCUAGGUUAAGAAAAAAAAAGCUGCUAUCUUCUCCUGUCACAGCUGCUUCCCUUUCCACAGAAAGUUGUAUUUUUGUUUUUCUUUCCUUUUUAAAAUCCUCAACAAACUGACCAGCCCCCCAUCCCCCGUCUCCCUCCGCCCCCGCCAUGCUCCAACAGAGACUUUUGGUACAUUUUAUGUGGAAGACUUAAAGGACCAAGGAACCCCAGCCACGUGACUGGACAAUCCACCCCUCUACCGACCUGCCACUACAGCCCACCACCCCUUCCCCUUCAAAUCCAACAAUACACAGGAGGGUUCAUGAAUGUUUUACAGAUAUAAAAAUAAAUAAUUGUGACCCAAAAUGAACCAGCACCUUAAAAAUGAAAGACACAAUAUGACCAUAUGUAUGAUUAUGUGUACUUGUAUAGAAAGAAAUGUGAUAUAGAGUUGUAUGGAGAAAAAUAUAGUACACUGAAUUUAUCGCAUGAUAUUUGUUUGUAGGGUCUGAGUGACCAACUUCUCUCAGACAGUUGGAAGCUAAUCGUUGGGUCUGUUCUGGGUUCCUCCAAAAAGAAACGACAAAAAAGGAAACGACAGACACUGAAUUUUUCUUUCUGUUUUUGUUUUGUAAAGAUUUUUCUGCUGGUUUUGUUUUAUUUUUACACAGAUCAUAGUAACAACUAUUUCAAUUGUUCCCCUCCAAAAAGAUUUAAGAAGAAACAGAUGUAAUGCAUUUUGAUAAUAAAAUAAUCAUGAUGGUUAUGUAUUUUGAAAACAGCCAUUGUGAUGUGUCAUUUAA